AUCUAUUAUCUAUGACUUACUCAUAACCUAAAAAAACAUAUCGGUUCGUUAUCAAUCAAAAGUCAUAAAAAUGUAAAGUGUAACGGUUGUUUCCCUUAUUCAUCAAUGUGUUUUACUUAAAAAAACUAAAUUCUAAAAUGCAACACGAAAAACCAGAUAAUAAUUUUGACAUAAAUUCUAUUAUAAGUGCAUUUGAGUGUGAUGCUUUUCAAAACACUUUUAGUACCUGCAGAAGAAUUGAUAUCUCAAAGGCAGGAUUAUCCAGUCAAUUGGAUGAUGUUAUUUUAUGGUUAAAUAAUGGCUUUACACCAAUGACUCUAACUACCUUAGAAUCCUGCACUUUGGAGGAGGUACAGAACUGUAUAGCCAAAAUCGCCUACAUCUUGAUAAAAUUCACUGACAUAAAAAACGUGUUUCAAAAAGCUCUGAAAAAUAACCAAAACAAAAAUAAUUCAGUUUACAUAUUUAACUGCAAAGUGUGCAAUGAAAAUAUUAAAAUUCCAAAAGGUGUAAAUUUUUGGACUGCUCUUCAAAAUCAUGAACAUAUUGAAGAAGCGUUAGCAUUUAUGAAGAAUAUGAAACAGCCAGUUAAUUCAGCUUGGCAUAAUCAACUUUUUAAUGAAAGCAAUUUAGUCUUUGAAGAAGUAAAUAAUCAACAGAAUGAAGAAAAUAACAUCUUUUUGCAACAAAUUAACAGAUGUAUAGUAAAAAGAUCAGUGAAUGAAAAUUCUCAAUUAGAUAAUGAAGAGAAAUAUUGUAAACAAAUUAGCAAUAUUGAAAAUGAAAAGUACAUGAGAUAUGAUAAUGGAAAUUUUAUCUUCAAAUUUAAUAUUGACUAUGAUGAACAAAUUAAAAAACGAAUCUAUCCAAGAAGUUUAUUGGAGAAGGUAAACAACAUCGAUUUACUUAAUGCUUGCACGGUACAACGAAGAGGUCCUGACUGUGUGUUCUGCUUACUUUGUCAACGUGAGGUACCAUUUCAUUCUACUUUUAAAGCUGUUUUUGAACAUGCAUCAGGUCAUAAACAUAGUCUAAAUGCAAAAAAGAAAAAAAUGAUAGAUGCUUUACAAAAGUAUCAUGAGGUAUGGAUGAGACAAGAUUUGGAAUACCAAUCACAUCAGACACAUUUUUUGCCUUAUACAGUUGAAAUGACUAGCUGUCUUCUAUGCUCUCAGUUUGUGCAUUAUAAUAACUUGAUAACCCACAUUGAAGAUAAAAGUCACAAGAGUUUAAUUCUUCAACUUCAAAGAGCAAAAAGAAGAAACAUUGUGUACUUGACUGAAUUACAAAUCACUGUCUAUAACCAAGAAAAUAAUGGACUUGAUCAAGUAGAUCAAUCUAACCAAAAUUCAGAACGUUUACAUGGAAGAGUUCAAGUUCCUGAUGAGGAUACUGCUUCUGAAAGUGAAAGUUCAUCAUCAGUAAAUAUAAAAAAUACAAAUUGUGAAAAUUGUAACAAUAUUGAAGCUCUUUCCAUUGGAAACAAUUUAAUAAUUAAUAAUUUACCUCCAACUAAGCCAAAACAUCUAAUAGUUAAGGCAAUUCUUAAAAAUGACAGUAAAGAUAUUGGAGAUUUACUAGAAAAUCGUUAUCUGAACCAUCUCAAUGUCAUCAAACAAGAAAAAAACAUUAUUACUUGCACAACAUGUAAAGUUAGUUUUAACUUAAACAUGCCUCAACUGCAUCAGCAUAUAUUAAGUCAAAUUCAUAGAAAUCUAACUGGAAUACCGAUACCAUCAUAUAGAUAUCAGUGUGACAUUUGUAAUACUAUUUUCCGGAAGCAGGAACAUUGGACUGAACAUUUGAAACAAGUACUGCACCGUGAAAGAUGUCGAAAUGUGGAGUCAUCAACAAACAGUGCCUUAAUAGAAUAUGAAUGUAAAACAUGCAGAGUUGUAAUAUUUGGCGAUGACAUUUCAAAGCAAACGCAUGAACAAUUAAAAGUGCGCAAAUUGAGAGAGAAAGAUAUAGUUUUAAACGAUAAAGCAAAAUUGUUACUGCAGUCGGAGGCGCAUAUCGCACAAGAAUCGAUUAAAAUGAUUGUGGCUGCCUCAAAAGUCUUGGAUCAUCUGGAUGAGGUAAAUUAUUGUUGUGCACGAAUAGAGCAAGUCCUUUCUGAAGAUCUGGGAAUAAAAUGCAAAGCUUAUCCUUUUGGAUCACGCAUCUCGGGACUUACAUGUGACGAAAAUAGUGAUUUGGAUGUAUUUGUUGAUCUCGGCGGCAUGUACAAUGGGGCAUGUUUUCAAGAUGCAAAACAUCAAGAGGAAUUUGUAAAAAGAUGCGCAAAAGUAUUUCGUAAACGAUCAUCAGAAUUCACGGACAUAAACUCUAUACCGACAGCACGCACCCCUAUCGUUCAGGUGUAUCACAAAUUAACCAACAUCGACUGCGAUCUCUCCUUCAAAAACGGACUCAGUGUCGAAAACACAAAAUUUUUAAAGUUCUGUGUUCUAGUGCAACCAGCUGCGCAAUCGCUCAUUUUAUAUUUAAAGGAAUGGUCAAAGGUCACGAAAAUGAAUGAGCGUAUUACAACAUACGCGGUAGCAAUGAUGGCAAUAUUUUUCUUACAAAUGAACAGUUAUUUGUUACCGGUCGAAAUACUGAAACGUCUUAUGAGUAAUGCAGUAGUUCAUAUAGACGGGUGGGAAGCAAUAGAUCUUUCUGAUCCGUUUUACCAACUUUCGAAGAUCCCUAAACAUAAUUUGACUAUACCUAUAAAAACUUUACUAAUGAAUUUCUUCGAAUUUUAUGCUUCCUUCGAUUUCAAAAAAAUGGUCGUUUGUCCAUUACUGGGUAAACCGGUUCCUAAGGCAUCUUUCAUUGAAAAGUCGAAUGGCGAAUGUUUACCUGCAGAAAUGUUACCGUAUAUUACCAAACUAAAAUGUUCGGAUGAUGCGGAGGUGUUUCGAGCUCUUUCGCCUUUAUGCAUCCAAGAUCCUUUUGACCUGUCCCACAAUUUGACUAAAGCUUGUAGUAAUGACACGGCGACAAAAUUAAAAAGACUUUUCGCCCUUUCGCACAAGCAUCUUCAACAACAGGCAACAUAGUAUACAGAGAAAAGAUAAUUUUACGAUAUUUUUCUUUUUUUUUUAAUUAAUUUUCGUUGGUUUAUUUAAUGGAAUAUGUUACUGAUACAAUGUAGCGCAGAAUCGAUCCCAACCGACAUAGGAAUAACUAGAAAACUUUUCUGACUACUUUGCGAUUAAAUGUUUUUGAUUUACUAUUGA